CGGCGAGAAGAUGGCGGCCAAAAGCGGCCGGAAUGGGCUCCUGGACAAGUGGAAGAUUGAUGACAAGCCAGUAAAAAUUGACAAAUGGGACGGUUCAGCUGUGAAAAAUUCCUUGGAUGACUCUGCCAAAAAGGUGCUCCUGGAGAAGUACAAAUACGUGGAGAAUUUCCGUUUGAUCGACGGCCGCCUCAUCAUCUGCACAAUCUCUUGUCUCUUUGCCAUUGUCGCUUUGAUUUGGGAUUACCUGCACCCUUUUCCUGAAUCCAAACCGGUUCUUGCCUUUUGUGUUGUCUCCUAUUUUGUCAUGAUGGGAAUCCUGACCAUUUAUACCUCAUACAAGGAGAAGAGUAUUUUCCUGGUGGCCCACAGGAAGGACCCAGCAGGGAUGGAUCCUGAUGAUGUCUGGCAGCUCUCCUCCAGCCUCAAACGGUUUGAUGACAAGUACACCCUGAAGCUGACCUUCAUCAGCGGGAAAACCAAACAAGCCGAGUUCACCAAAUCCAUCGCCAAGUUCUUCGAUAGCAACGGCACGUUAGUCAUGGAGGCCUACGAGCCUGAGGUGUCCAAGCUGCACGACAGUCUGGCCCUGGAGAGGAAAACCAAAUGAUUUUGAAGCCCACCCGCCUCCCAGGAACCUGCUAAAUUAACACCAAUAAAGUCAAAUGGCAAAGAAAGUGAA